AUGGAUAUCCUCAGAAGGAUUGGCAUUAGAGACAGGGGCUGGACCGUGUCCCUCUUCCAGCAGCUGGGGUGGGACCACGACCUGCGUGGUGAUGGAGGGGUGCGCAAGAAGGAGCUGCGCUCUGGUACCGGGGAGAUUGUGCCCGCGACCGCCUCUGUGGCAGCUUGGUACUCUGGGUACCUGGAAGGCUUGGAUGAGCCCUUCUGCACAAACCAGAACAGAAAGUUUCCUGAGCUGAUGAAACUUGGAAAAGACAUUACACUGCAGGGCCUGAUAGUUGGCCUGCUGUCGAUGAAGAAGGGAGAGGUGGCAAGAUUUGUCUUCAUGCCAGAUUAUGCCUAUGGGCAGCGUGGUUGUCCUCCUCUUAUUCCCCCAAAUGCCAUGGUCAUGUUCACAGUGGAGUUGCUGGACUUCCUAGACACAGAGGAAUCUGAUGCAUUCUUCGAGUUGACUGCUGAGCAGCAGGAUACGUUUCCGCUACAGAAGGUGUUAAGAGUGGCAGAUGCAGAGAGAGAGUUUGGCAACUACUUCUUCCGUGGGCAACACUUCAGUCUUGCCAAAGACAGAUACAAAAACGCAAUUUCCAUCCUUGGUCGCAACCCUUCCAGUGAUGCAGAGCAGUGUCAGAUCAACACUGCCAAGUUGCUGGUGCUCCUCAAUCUCUCGAUUACUUACCUGAAACUGGAGCGUCCUGACAGAGCUUUGGCAUACGGGGAGAAGGCCUUGGAGAUUGACCAAAGAAAUGCCAAAGCACUGUUCAGGUGUGGCCAGGCUUGUUUCUGCAUGACAGAAUACACAAAAGCCUGGGAUUUCCUGAUGAGAGCUCAGCGUAUAGAGCCAUUUAACCACUCUAUUAACAAUGAGCUGAAGAAGUUGGCAAGAUACUACAAGGACUACUUGACAAAGGAGAAAGAAAUGUGCUGCCGCAUGUUCACCCAUCUUCAGGCUAAGGACUAGUGAAGGACCUCACCGGCUGACAAAAAGAGCAGUUCUUGAACAGGAAGCAGACCUCCCUCUGAGAUCGUGUCUUGGGAAAAAGUGCAAGAGCACUGUCUUGUUUUGAGAGUGUGAAGUGGAGGUUCUGUGUUUAAACACAAUCUCAUUUUUCUGAAGCUGUUUUUGUUUACCAUAUUCUCAGACUGUUCACAGAAGAACCAGUUCUGAUGUAAGGGAGAGGAAAGUGUUCCCUGUCUUCUCCCCUGCAUGUUCUUUGAAAAAAACUGUUCCCUGAUGUAGUACUUCUGGGCUGCUUUUAGGGAAUCUGCAAAUGGGAGUAGGAUGCCAUGAAGUUUUGUAUUGUUUAUACAGGUCAUUUUUCAGAAAAAAAGUUGGAUAUUUUUGUUCUGAGAAAAAAAAUAAACCAACCUGAGAACUAAUGCUGGCAAGACUUGUGUCAGUUUAUUGUGCAAGAGUGAUUAAUGUGUCUCGGUGUAAGGAGCUGGAAUUUGGAAAUAGGGUCUGAUUUGUUGCUGUAUAGCUAGCUCUGUUCUUGGG